AUGACCAUUCUCUUCAAACGGGGUUUCAAGCGAUCGCCGUUCAUCUCAGCACGCAUCGCCAGGAAGAUGACACGCCACUACGCUGCCGCACAGUUGUGUGUCGGCGUUUUGAUCUCGCUGAUCGCCGCUGCAUCAGCCGACACGUUUUAUUUUUCCACAGUGGGCAGCGAUCAAAACUCGGGCACGUCGCCCGAUCAGCCCUGGCUCAGUUUGAACAAGACGCGUGCCGUUGCUCCCUUGAGCGGGUCCACCUUUCUACUCAAGCGCGGCGAUGUGUGGUUCGACCAGCCUCUUGAGCUCUUCUUUGCCGCCAAUGUUACCGUCGGUGCCUAUGGCGAUCCCACGGCCCCACGACCCCGUAUCAGCCAUAGCCGACCCGCCUCGGCUGCCGCCCGCCAAGCCUGCCUUCGUGCCGUGGGCGUGUCCAACCUCUCCAUCACAAACCUUUACCUGCAAGGCUGCUUCAAGGCCAUCUCCCUCGUAGCUACAGCCGGCAAGACCCUUCAAAACAUUGACAUUGCUGACAACUUUUUCAGCGACAUCUACUACCCCAUGCACUCGUACUCCCCCAGCAACCCUCAGUGGGGCACGGCCGUCUCCGUGGACGGCGCUGCUGUCGUCAACCUCUCCGUUCGCAAUAACAUCGCCUCUCGUCUCGAUGCCUUCUUCAACAACGGUGGCAACGUGGCCGGCCUCUACCUCGACAGCAACACCGUUGCUCACUGCAACGGCAAUUGCGUUGGCUUUGGCUCGGGCAGCGACCUGCACCUCCGCCAAUCCGUGUUUGCCCGUGACCAACCCCACGACCUCUUCCUCUACGGCACGACCGACGUUAUCAUCGGCACAAUCGAAGGCGCCAACUCGGUUGAAAACACCGAUUUUAAUCAACGCGGCGAAUACAUGGGUGGCCCCGACGGCUGUGCCUUUGAUUUUGAAACCGCCGCCACGGGCUUCCGCCUUUCCGGCUGCACCUUUUAUCAGUCCUAUGGCGCCGGCAUCAUGGUUUUUGGCCACGCCACCACCUCCCAAAACGUAUCAAUCGACGACAACAACUUUAUCAUGGCCGGUUGCGAACAGCCCCACGACGACCACGGCGGCAUCGCCUUCAUCUGCCCCAACAACCAAAAGCCCAGCGCCGUUGUGGCAAACAACCGGUUCUGGACGUGUGGCAACGGCAGCGUGGCCAUGUACGAUCGGAUUCCCGGCUGCAGCUCAAACGUGGACAAGGUCAACAAUACAAUCGACCAGGGCGAGGUUGUUGCCAUGCCCGUCAUCAACCUCGACCCCGUCGACCCUACGGACCCCAGCGACAACGUCACAAUGACCGUUGUUGCCUCUUGUACCACCCCAGGGGCCACUCUCCGGUACACCAUCGACGGCUCCCGCCCUGAAGCCGACGCCCCAGUUCUCCCCAGCACCGGCCUUCCCACCACCUGGCCGGGUCCUACGCUUGCUGUCAACAUUCGCGCCUUCAAGGACAACGCCGCGCCCUCGGUCACCAAUACCAUCAUCCUCGAGCGCGCCAACUAUGCCGCCCGCUCCAGCCCCACCAACGGUCUCGAUGGCGCCGUCGACCAUUUUGUCCUGACAUCCACCCAGGCCACCCUCUCCGGUUGGGUCGUCGACAACGACCUUCCUGGUCACGGCCUCGGCCCGGCCACCGUUGCCAUUCUUGUUGAUGGCGAGCUGUGUGCAACCCAAGUCGCCAAUCAGGAGCGUGACGACCUUGUUCCUGCCGGCGUCGCCCCCAACCCCUAUCAUGGCUUCAAUGUCACCCUUCCCGAUGCCACCCUCCAGCUACUCCUCAACAGCCCACAAUCCAUCGUCGAGGUCCGCGUGCAAGUGGACCAGCAGCUCGUGCCCUGCCCCGGCUACUCCAUCCGUUGCGUUGCCAAGGGCGCUGUCGACACAUGCCCGUGA